CACCCCGCCUCCAACUCAAAAGUGUUUGGGCGAAUGUCAGGGUUUCUGAAAACGCAGAGUGAGUUUAGACAGCAGCUCGAGCUUUUAAAUUUGAGUUCAUGGACUUUCGCCGUGUGAGGAAUCAUGACUUCGCUGCGUUCAAGGUCGUCCAUGGUUUGGUUCCUUGUUUUGACAGUUCGUGUAACUGAAGCUAUAGUGAAACCGAAACUGAUCGGGCAUGAAGCGGCCUGUGAAUCCCAUGAUAACACAGUUAUCUUGAGAUCCAGUAAAACCUUCACAGCCGCCGGGCCGGAGCCAGGCGACAUGACGGAGGCGUUUACUGUCCCAACUCUGGAUGGAGAGUUCUCCUACCAGCCGGGCGCCCUGGGGGGGCCUCUCAUCGUCCACGCCUUCACCAACAAGUCAGGGGCUCUGGAGUGCCUGUGGAGUUCCGAGUCUUCUCUGACCAGCCUGGUGCAGGACCUGCCCGACAGUACGCAUGUUCUCUUCCUGUCCCUGGAUGACUCAGCGGUCAGUGAUGCUCUGUGGAUGAGGGACCAGCUGCAGCGGGUCGCCAUGCACAGUAAGAAGGAGGUCCUGCUCAGGCUGCACUUCUGUCCUGUGCCGGUCUUCGCUCUGGGAAACUGGAUACCCUUGGUGUUGUACUACUGGACGGCCACAUCACGUCUUGCCCAGGCUGUUUUCACCUCGGAGGGGUGGAACAUGCCUAUUAUCAUCAAGAGAGUAGAUGCCAGAUAUGAUUGGCUCAUGACACGCUGGAGUCAGAAGUCGUACGAGCUGAUGGAUGUGGGUGACGGUUGUGAUCCAUACCCGUCGGUGUCAGGUGCUGUGGCUUGGGUGUCUGAGGGCAACUGCUCCUUCUUCACUAAGGUGCAGAACAUGGCCAGUUCCAACGCCUCCGGUGUCCUUGUCUAUGCUCUUCCUGGUAACCCCCUCCAGGACAUGAACUGUGUGGAGGAUGAAUGCAACACAACGCUGAGCAUCCCCGCUUCCAUGGUGCACCUGGAGCCUUCGGUCGCUCAGGCGCUGCAGUCUGGACAGCUGGUGUAUGCAUCCUUCCAGAGCACCCCAUCUCCAAAGUACUUCUUUGGUAUUGACCAAGAGGGGAUACUGGCUGAGAUGGGCGGGUUUCUCUACCCCUCGUUCAGCUUCGUCAACUGGCAGGCACAGUGGUUUGAUUUCUACGCUGAUCUGCAGACCAAACUUCAGCAUCCUGCAAAAGUUGUUCCUGUUUUUGACAAAGUCCUCAUGCAGGGGGAGACAGGAGCGGUGGCCACAGUCAACAUGCCGUCAGGCUUGUUGGACUUUAACGUGCUGGAGCUCGAUGCGUCCCUAUCGUGUCCCGGCAAGAGAGACUUGUCCUGUGCACACUGGGAUCACACAGUGCAGCUGUUCAUCUGCUGCGAUCAUCUCAGUCCGUACUGCAACACAGAGCUGGGCCGAUGGAUCACUGCCUUCCGCAGAGGUAUCGGCCGCUGGCUGACUGACGUGUCCCCCCUGCUCCCCCUGCUGGACAGCAACAGAUGCACUUUGACCAUGAAGACGGUGCCUUGGGCGAUGCCGUGGAUCGUCUCCCUCAACCUGAGAUUCAGUAUCGGCAAUCAGACAGGUAACAUCACAGGUGGUGACGAGGAGCUCCGCCCCUUCAGAGUGAUGUCACUGUACAGUGGGGGAACCUUUGACAAAAACUACAACAAGAGAUACCAGCCAAUCAAAUUCCACAUCCCGGCAUCAGUCAAGAAGGUCGAGCUGUACGCCGUCAUCACAGCGCAUGGCAGCGAUGACCACCGCUGUGGAGAAUUUUGCAUCACUUCCCACCACUUCCUGUUCAACUCUGUUUUUAACAACACCCUCGUGUUCGACACGGCAGGAACACCUCUGGGCUGCACCACACAGGUGAAACACGGGGCGGUACCAAACGAACACGGCACGUGGCUGUACGGGCGAGGAGGCUGGUGCGACGGGCUUCAGGUGGACCCCUGGAGGACCGACGUCACCAAACAGCUGGACAUGAACGCCUCCAGCCCCUCCAACACUGUUGAGUACUUUGGCUUGUUCGAAGGGCACGAUCCAAAUCCGUCCAAGGACCCAGGAUACAUCAUCAUGUCCUCUUUUCUGGUCUUUUACAAGUGAUGCUACACUGUACAACUCCACAGUUUGAACACUGAUGUGAAUGAAUUGGUCUGAAUUGAAUGAAUGUAAAGUGAAGCCAAAGAUUAAACUUCUAUUUUCCUACUG